AUGAAACAGCUAGCAACCGAUGAAGGGACUGACUAUCCACAUGCAGCAAAGGCUAUUCUUCAAGACAUGUAUGUCGACGAUCUUGUCACUGGUGCUUCUACUGUUCAUGAAGCCUUGAAACUCAAGGAUGAAGUAAUCAAUCUUUUACACAAAGGUCAUUUUGGUCUAAGUAAAUGGGCCAGUAACUCUCAGGAAAUUUUAAAUGCAAUCGAUCCUUCAAAACAUAUCACACAGAUCAACCUCUCAUCUAGUGAAGAUUCAAAUGUCAAGAUCCUAGGACUUCAAUGGAACCCUUCAAGCGACACGUUAGCAUACCAGAUUGAACAAUUUACCCCUGUGUUUACUAAAAGGGCCAUCCUAUCAGCUGUGGCAAAGAUUUUUGAUCCUCUAGGAUUCGUUUCUCCUGUGAUAAUGAUUGCAAAGAGCAUAAUACAAAGCCUAUGGAAAUUGAAGCUGGACUGGGAUUCUGAAAUCCCAACUAACUUGAAGACUCUAUGGAAUGAUUUGACUACUCAGCUAGAGAAACUGCAACAUCUUAGUAUUCCAAGAUUUGUAACAUCUGACAAACCAUACAACUUGCAAAUAGUAGGAUUUGCUGAUGCUUCCGAAAAAGGAUAUUGUGCUGCACUGUAUCUGAGAGUUAUUAGUGACAAAAUAACUACAAACCUUCUAACAGCCAAAACUAAGUUAGCCCCAAUCAAGACAUUGUCUAUCCCACGCUUAGAGUUGUGUGGAGCCUACCUGCUUGCAACAAUGUUCCACUCUGUUAUGGAAACCCUCAGCCAAUUUGCCAGUAAUCAGUUUCAGAAGCCUAUUUUCUUCACUGAUUCUUCAAUUGUCUUAGGAUGGCUGAAUACACCAACUUACAAGCUUAAAGUUUUUGUAGCAAACAGGGUUGCACAUAUCUUGGAACAUACUCCUGUUUCAUCGUGGAGACACAUUACAUCAGAGGAAAAUCCUAGUGACCAUGGUUCUAGAGGACUUUUACCAGAUAAACUAACUAACUGUGAUCUAUGGUGGCAUGGCCCUAAGUGGAUGAAUAUGCCUGAAGAUAAAUGGCCAGAGUCUACAGUACAGUUCCAGCAGCAGCCCCUACCUGAAGUGAAAGCUGAACCACAAGUGCUUGUCUCAAAUAGUACUGAGCCAGAGCUUAUCAAGAUUAUGGAAAACUAUUCUUCAUACUACAAACUUUUACGUGUAAUAUCUUGGAUCAGAAGAUUUAUCUACAACUGUCCAGUUGAACUACACAGUACUAGUCGUCUUAAAGGACCCCUUCAGCCUAAGGAAAUUCAAGAUUCCUUACUAUUCUGCAUCAAGAAAAUUCAAUCACACUUUUUCUCUAUUGAUGGCGACAGAAGAUGUGCAACUGCUGUCCUCAAUAAGUUUCAAAAACUUACCCCUUUCUUUGACAAAUUGGGGAUUCUCAGGGUGGGCGGCAGGCUAAAUAAUGCAGCUAUCCCAGAAGAUCAAAGACACCCAAUCCUUCUGCCAAAGUGUCAUUUCACCUUAUUGUUGGUAGAUUAUUACCAUAAAAUCUACCUACACCCAGGACCCAACUUGCUUCAAGCUCUGAUUCAAUUACGAUUUUGGAUACCAUCACUGAGAAAUAUUGCCCGUCAGCGAACCUUCAAAUGUCUAAGGUGCUUCAAGCUAAAGGCUGAAACCUUUUCCCCGAUCUUCCUUCGCCACGAGUGA